AUGUCCACCACUGCGGCGACCUCGCGGCCGUCACCAGCUUGGGGUUCUGCGGCGCGAAUUUCGACGACCCCAGCCGGUUUGCCUCCAUCGACGCCCCCCUCAGCCGGCCAGAUAACGGCGUCAUUCUUCGCCAACAGUGCCUUUUCGUCUCGAGCUCUCGAUGAACCAGCCUCCAGCGGCUACUUUGACCUCGUUGCUAAUACUACUCCCUCGCCUGACACUGCACAGUUGUUUCACCCCUCCAGAGACCGUGACUUUGCCUUGGGCAUCCAGUCAAGCGCUGGGGCUGCCCCGAAGCUCGUUACCCCUCGAAAGAAUGCAGAUGGCCUCCUCGAUAGAAGAUUUGCCAGCCGGCCUGGCAGGAGUGACGAGCGGGACCCGUCAGCUUCUCUUCUGCAAAGCUUCAACCCGAAACUACACCAGAAGGGGCCCUACAGACCCGCCUAUCAUGUUAACCCUACCUUGCUCGAGGACUCCUCUUCCGGAGGAUCGACACCGAUGGCGUCUUCUCCCUCCGCAACCAGGCAUGGCCACCACGCAUCCGCACCGGUGGCCAGCCUGCUCUCACCUGGCUUGCCCGGGGACCGGCACCAGAAGCAACCGCUGUCAUUCCACAGACCACGUACCAUCCCCAUCAGCCAUGAUCUAGGUAACGUCAAGAUGAUACCAGCCGAAAAAUGCCUGGAAAUUCUUCAAUCUUUUGGGAGCGAGACCCUUCUGUUGGACGUACGCCCCCUGCUGCAAUUCAAUCGAUCCCACAUCAAGGGUUCGCUGAAUCUCUGCAUUCCCACCACCCUCCUCAAACGACCGUCCUUUAACCUACAGAAAGUCGAAGAGACCUUUGGCAGCGGGCAGGAGAAAUCUAAUUUCAACAGAUGGCGAUUGAGCAAUCGUAUCAUGGUCUACGAUUCUUCCGCCAGUCAUCCCAAAGAUGCUACCCUUUUGGUGAAUCUUCUCGAAAAAUUCACCAGAGAGGGUUGGAACGGCGAGUCCAUCAUUCUUAGCGGAGGCUUUGCACGCUUUGCCACCGAGUUUCCAGACUGGGUCGAGAGCUCACAGGCCCCCACCGCUGUCUCCUCUUCCUCAGCAGCCAGCUACGGAAAGAGCCCCCUAUCUAUAAGUCUUACCCUGCCGACUACGACCCCAUCGAUCGCCGGUGGAUGUGCCAUGCCGACUCCUUCGUCGAACCCUGUCAACCCUUUCUUUUCCAACAUACGCCAGAACAUCGAUCUUAUCGGCGGAGUAGGCCAGCUCCCAGUCACCAUCCCCCCGGGAAUGGACGAGGCCACUAGAAAGUCUUUACCCGCCUGGCUUUCUCGGGUAGCGGAUUCAGAUGACGCUGGUAAGACCGCAGCCAUUCAGUUCCUCAAGAUUGAAAAGGGCGAGCAAAGUCGCAUGCAGCAGGCCCUGUCUGCCCCGGGAACAUCCACCCUUGUUGAGGGACAAAGCCCAGGAAAGCGUUCCUUUAGAAUUGCAGGUAUCGAGAAGGGGUCGAAAAACAGAUACAACAAUAUCUAUCCCUAUGACCAUUGCCGUGUCAAGAUACAGGACACAACCGAGAGCACCUGUGACUACAUCAAUGCCAGCUACGUUUGCUCUUCCCGCUCUAACAAGCGCUACAUCGCCACCCAAGCGCCUAUGCCUGCCACAUUUAACGACUUUUGGCGUGUAGUAUGGGAGCAAGAUACGCGUCUCAUCGUCAUGCUGACAGCCGAAACAGAUGGAGCCCAAGUGAAAUGCCAUCCGUAUUGGAAAUCUGCUGACUAUGGCAACCUACGUGUCCAACUUGUCAGCGAGGGCACUAUUCCCCUCGACCGAGAAAGUGGGUUGAAACCGCUACAUGACGCGACCUGCUUUACAGUCCGCCAUUUCAGCAUCACCAACUCCAAAGAGCCCUUCAAACCACCGAGAGAAGUUACCCAGAUUCAAUAUGCUGAUUGGCCAGACUUUGGAACUCCAGCGAAGCCACAUCACCUAUUGCGUCUGAUCGAAGAAUGUGAUGCUAUCGUGAACGCCUCUACCGGCCGUUCGGCGUCAUAUUACCAAGAUAAACCCGACUCCGCGGGUCAGGGCAAGGUGAUAGUUCAUUGCAGCGCCGGCUGUGGCAGGACAGGUACAUUCUGCACUGUAGACAGCGUAAUCGACAUGCUCAAACGGCAGAGAAAGGCGGCUCAAAGCUCGACCAGAACGGAGCCAAGCUGGGUCUACGAGGACACCACUGACCUUGUUGCCACCACUGUGGAAGACUUCCGCUCACAGCGGCUGAGCAUGGUGCAAAGCUUGCGGCAGUUUGUCCUUUGCUAUGAUUCUGUCCUUGAAUGGCUGGCAUCUCGUACUCAGAGGUAG